AUGGGAGAGGUACUAUGCGGAAACGCUUUCAAGUCUAAUUGCAGAUGUUGCCAUGAAGAGAUCGAAGACUCAUCACAAGACACUAUUCAGGCUAAUAGAGCAGAUUGUGUUUUGAAGGUAAGUGGUAUUCCAGUCAGACUUUGGGAGAAGGGAAAGGGGUCAUAUUUUCCAUGGGAUGUAUACGGAAAUCUCUGGAGUAGAGUCUCAGGGUACACCCAUUAAAAUUAAUUGAUCCAGGUUUAUUUAUUUCACAUUUUAAAAAUACCAUCUGUUUAUAUAUAAAAACCCCUCAAAGGUGUUAGGGUUAGUAAUUAUUUUUAAUGGCUCUACUCUGAGUAGGACUCUCAAUAGCAAUAAUCCUACAAAACAAGCAUGAGAGAAAGCAAAAUGAUGCAAAUUCAUUGGCUCGACUAAUAAUGGUCAACUUACGUGCAUUCUACUCAACACAACCACGUAUGCACACAGCACCAGUGUAAGAAUGUGUGAAGAAAUGAAAGAUGUGGGCAGGAAUAUUUAUAUUUGGGUGCCUUCUCUUUUGCCCUUUUGCCCUGGCCAGGCGAGAGAGCCAAACAAGAUGCCAAAGCCAAUGGAUUCAAUGCAGCCACAGUGGUUCCAGACACUUCCAGUCCAAAAAGCUGGAAGACGACGGCAACGCCGUCUCAGCGAUCCUUCUCAGGAGCUGGAUUUUGCUGCGAGGUUCCAGUGGGUAAGCUUGCACUGCGUAAAGUGAUUAAUAAAAGGCAUUUAUCGUCAUGUAUGCGUUGGUGCUGUGGGUUAAACCACAGAGCCUAGGACUUGCCGAUCAUAAGGUCGGCGGUUUGAAUCCCUGCGACGGGGUGAGCUCCUGUUGCUCGGUCCCUGCUCCUGCCAACCUAGCAGUUCGAAAGCACGUCAAAGUGCAAGUAGAUAAAUAGGUACCACUCUGGUGGGAAGGUAAACGGCAUUUCCGUGCCCUGCUCUGGUUCGCCAGAAGCGGCUUAGUCAUGCUGGCCACAGGACCCGGAAGCUGUAUGCCGGCUCCCUCGGCCAAUAAAGCGAGACGAGUGCCGCAACCCCAGAGUCGGCCACGACUGGACCUAAUGGUCAGGGGUCCCUUUACCUUUACUUUAUGUGUUUAAAGGUAAGGGACGCGGGUGGUGCUGUGGCUUAAACCACAUAGCCUAGGGCUUGCAGAUCAGAAGGUCAGUGGUUUGAAUACCCACAAUGGGGUGAGCUCCCGUUGCUCGGUCCCUGCUCCUAGCCAACCUAGCAGUUCGAAAGCAUGUCAAAGUGCAAGUAGAUAAAUAGGUACUGCUCUGGCGGGAAGGUAAACAGCGUUUCCGUGCGCUGCUCUGGUUCACCAGAAGCGGCAUAGUCAUGCUGGCCGCAUGACCCGGAAGCUGUAUGCCGGCUCCCUUGGCCAAUAAACGAGAUGAGCGCCGUAACCCCAGAGUUUAAAUGUGCAGUCCAACCCAUUGUAAAUAAAUUUGACAACAAAUGUAAUAGAUGAGCCAAUGAUGAUCACAGAAUCAUAGAAAUGUGGAAUUGGAUGGGAACCCAAAGGUCAUCCAGUCCAACCCCCUGCAAUGCAGGGAUCUCAACUAAAGCAUCCAUGGAAAAUGGCCAUACAGCCUCUGCUAAAAACCUCCAAGAAAGGACAGUCCACAACCUCCCGAGGGAGACCAUUCCGCUGUCAAACAGCUCUUACUGUCACUUGUUGGUGACAUUCAAGUCAGCCUGUGUUCGUUCCCGGCCAUCUUGAAUCCCAUCACCUCUCUUUUUGGCAAUGAACAGCUGCGGAUUGUUCCACAUCAUGUAAUCAGCUGAAGAUCAGCUGCUUAUCCAGUUUGUCCGAUGAAUAAUUUUGGGUAACUUCAAAAGCGUGUUCACUUCAAUACCAUACCAAAUCAAUCCAGUAAUAAGUAUCAUCCGUUUUCCAUUCAUUGACAAUAUAGCCUGUGUUUCUGCUGGGUUUGAAACUCCUUUGUUAAAUCUAGUACUGAAUACAGGCUUUCUCUGUCCUCACCCUCAUCUAAGCAAAGAAGAGGUCUCCCGUUUGGAAAUGCUUCAUCCUACCUGAAUUUGGAGAAGCUGGGUGGCAGUUCUCAUUCCACAGUAUACAAAGGAAUCAGCAGGUGAGUGAUAUUACAGGGGAAACCUUGGCUACUCUUGCAUUAGUUGAACCUAUAAUGAUUAAAAUGUAUCAGAUUAAUUGAGCACCAUCAACUUAAGCAUCACAUCAUAGAUGAAGUAUUACAAGAAACAUUCCAGAAUGCAAAGAAAAUGUUUGCAGAGGAAAUGAAAAGUCUGAUAUUUGUGCAUUUGUUCUAGGCUAUAAAAAAAAGGUAGCUUGAAAUAGUCUUACUGAAGAUAAGUAGUUUUGGGUCUAAUUUUAGGCAUUUGUAAACAUUUGACGUGGGUGGUGCUGUGGGUUAAACCACAAAGCCUAGGACUUGCUGAUCAGAAGGUUGGCGGUUCGAAUCCCUGCGACAGGGUGAGCUCCCGUUGCUCGGUCCCAGCUCCUGCCCACCUAGCAGUUUGAAAGCACAUCAAAGUGCAAGUAGAUAAAUAGGGACCGCUCUGGCGGGAAGGUAAACAACGUUUCCGUGCACUGCUCUGGUUCGCCAGAAGCGGCUUAGUCAUGCUGGCCACAUGACCCGGAAGCUGUAUGUUGGCUCCCUCGGCCAAUAAAGCGAGAUGAGCGCCACAACCCCAGAGUCAGCCACGACUGGACCUAAUGGUCAGGGGUCCCUUUACCUUUUCAAACAUUUGCAAAAUGUUUUCUGAAUGUUUAUUUUAUUUUUGUAAUAUUUUUUUAAAAAGUUUUCUUACACAAUUAUCUAAAUAUGAUGCAUACAGCAAAGUUUGCCUGACCUGGAUUCGAGGACGUUUCACCUGCAGACACUGGGAGGGAAGAUUUGUUUGUGAGUUGAAGAUGGCACAUAGACAAAGGUGUACCAGCUGGGCCAUCAGGGCAGAGCUUUGGAGCAAAAGUCCACACACACACACACACACACACACACACACACACGGCAAUUUCAGCAGGGCUGAUGACAUAUAUUUUGAAUUAAGGGAAGAAAUGCACAUGACCAUAUGAAGAAUUCUCAUCCUCUACAAAUAAGACUCUACAAAUAAUAAUACUAAUAAUAAAGUAGAGACAUCACCUUGCCAACAAAGGUCCGUAUAGUAAAAGCUAUGGUUUUCCCAGUAGUGAUGUAUGGAAGUGAAAGCUGGACCAUAAAGAAGGCUGAUCGCCGAAGAAUGGAUGCUUUUGAAUUAUGGUGCUGGAGGAGACUCUUGAGAGUCCCAUGGACUGCAAGAAGAUGAAACCGAUCCAUUCUGAAGGAAAUCAGCCCUGAGUGCUCACUGGAAGGACAGACCCUGAAGCUGAGGCUCCAAUACUGUGGCCACCUCAUGAGAAGAGAAGACUCCCUGGAAAAGACCCUGAUGUUGGGAAAGAUGGAGGGCACAAGGAGAAGGGGACGACAGAGGACGAGAUGGUUGGGCAGUGUUCUCGAAGCUACCAGCAUGAGUUUGACCAAACUGAAGGAAGGCAGUGGAAGAUAGGAGUGCCUGGCGUGCUCUGGUCCAUGGGGUCACGAAGAGUCGGAAAACUGUGGAUGUAUGUUAUUAAAGCACAUAUAAAUAUAUUGGGCAACCAUUAAAAGCAGUGGGUGCUCCAUGCAGGUACUGUUUUCAUGUGUCUGUAAAACUACAUGUCAUAUAAUACUAUAUGACCACAAUGUGGAGAACAGGGGAAAGUUUUUUAUCCUGUAUUCUAAAACUCGCAGAACAUUGGAUUGCGAUUCAAUUCGCAUUUAAAGGCCAACCAACCUAAAUCACACUUUCUGAAAUAAUACACAAACCAAAAUGCAGCCGUCCUUCAAAAUUUGCACUUUCAAUGCAUCUAUCAGUAGAAGUAGCUUGCAAAAAUGAAGAAUAUUAAACAAAAUUGCUUUGCAGAAAAAUGUGUGUUAGAAGAAAUUUGCACUAUAAUGUUGUUGAGUUUCCAUUAUUUCUGUUCCAAUAAUAAUUGGAAACUGGUGUGAGAAAUGUGGACCUCCUGCAAAACUCUACAAAUAAGUAAAACAACUUUUAAUUUAUGGCAACACAACAGCAUAAUAUUUCCCUGACACAGUAGUCAUUGAUUGAUCUUUUUCUUUUCUCUUUCUAUUAUUUUAAAUUUUAUUCAUUGUUUUUUGGUUACAGGUAUACCAAAUACACCGUUCUGUUUACGUAAAAUUAAAUAAAAAUAAUUUUUAAAAAAUGUUACACGCAUUAGUAUGUAAUGCACAACUUGCUUCGUCAAUGGUACUAAAUCAGUUGACUGAACUAAACCAGUGGUUGAACUAGGUUGAAGCAGUUUUGUGUGUGCCUUAAAUUGUGGAUCCAGUUGUUAUGACCAGGGUUUCAUCAGCUGUGCUCUGUCCCUUUAGGAUAUAUGGACAGCUAGUAGCUUUGAAAGUCAUCAGCCUGAAGACUGAGGAAGGAGUCCCUUGUACAACCAUAAGAGAAGGUAAGAUAUUCAAAGUGGACACCAUCUCUGGCAGCAGGGCUCAGUUCCUGAAUCCACUUUCUGUACCAGGGCCGAGCCCUACAAUAUAGGAACUAAUAAAAGUGUGUCUACAUACAUGCAGAGUACCAGUUCCUUGCCUCCAAACUAUCUCAUCUAGCAGGGCCAGGCUGCCUCAGGCAUUUGAUUUGGGGGUGGGGUGGGGGAAAAGAGAGAUGCAUGUGGGAUUUUCUGCCUCAGGUGCCUAAACAACCUCAUCAGCAGUACUAUGCACCUUGACUUUAGGAGAGGAAACAAUUUCCUGCUAUCUCUCAGGCAGCAAAUUAUAUCUGGCAAUUCCUGGCACAUACAUACAAUUAAGGAGGGCUCCUAGCAUAAAUGGGAUGCGGGUGGCGCUGUGUUUUGUUUACAACAGGUUAAACCACAGAGCCUAGAACUUGCUGAUCAGAAGAUCGGUGCUUCGAAUCCCCACGACGAGCAUUUCGAAAGCACGUCAAAGUGCAAGUAGAUAAAUAGGUACUGCUCUGGCGGAAAGGUAAACGGCGUUUCCGUGCGCUGCUCUGGUUCGCCAGAAGUGGCUUAGUCAUGGUGGCCACAUGACCCGGAAGCUGUACGCUGGCUCCCUCGGCCAGUAAAGCGAGAUGAGCGCCGCAACCCCAGAGUCGUCCGUGACUGGACCUAAUGGUCAGGGGUCCCUUUACCUUUACCUAGCAUAAAUGAAAAUAGUAUAUUCCAGGGACAUCCAACUUCCAAGAGACUGCGAUCUACUCACACGAUUCAUAUCUGUUUCAGGUCAAUGUUGUGACGUCACGUUUUAGGGAGGAACAACCUGAUUUUUGGGGGUGGGGGUUCAGGUCAUAGGGAAUAUCUGUUUAUUUUGGGGUUUUGGGUAAAAUAAAAUAAAAAAACUGCUCACAAACAGAUUGAUAAUGACAGUCUGGCAUGCACAGGAAACUCCAGCUUCCGCUCUAGCAAUCUAGGGGGGAGGGGGCAGGGCUGGGCUGGAUGGAGGAGCCAGCGAUCUACCGUGAUCUACAUUAACCUACUGGGAAUCGAUCAAUCGAUCCCGAUUGACCUGUUGGACAUCCCUGGUAUAUUCUCACUAGAAGUGACUGGAGCUGCUUGGGAAUUCUAAGAAACCAAAGAAAUUGCAAGUUAAAAGGUAAAGGUAAAGGACCCCUGACAGUUCAGUACAGUCACGAACGACUCUGGGGUUGUGGCGCUCAUCUCGCUUUACUGGCUGAGGGAGCCAGCGUUUGUCUGCAGACAGUUUUUACGGGCAAUGGGGCCAGCAUGACUAUGCCACUUCUGGCGAAACCAGAGCAGCGCACGGAAACGCUAUUUACCUUCCUGCAGGAGUGGUACCUAUUUAUCUACUUGGACUUUGACGUGCUUUCGUACUGCUAGGUUGGCAGGUACUGGGACUGAACAACGGGAGCUCACCCCAUCACGGGGAUUCGAACCACCAAAAUUGCAAGUUGUUGUUGUUUAGUCGUUUAGUCGUGUCCGACUCUUUGUGACCCCAUGGACCAGAGCACGCCAGGCACUCCUGUCUUUCACUGCCUCCCGCAGUUUGGUCAGACUCAUGUUUGUAGCUUCGAGAACACUGUCCAACCAUCUCGUCCUGUGUCGUCCCCUUCUCCUUGUGCCCUCCAUCUUUCCCAGCAUCAGGGUCUUUUCCAGGGAGUCUUCUCUUCUCAUGAGGUGGCCAAAGUCUUGGAGCCUCAGCUUCACGAUCUGUCCUUCCAGUGAGCACUCAGGGCUGAUUUCCUUAAGAAUGGAUACGUUUGAUCUUCUUGCAGUCCAUGGGACUCUCAAGAGUCUCCUCCAGCACCAUAAUUCAAAAGCAUCAAUUCUUCGACGAUCAGCCUUCUUUAUAUUCCAGUUCUCACUUCCAUACAUCACUACUGGGAAAACCAUGGCUUUAACUAUGCGGACCUUUGUUGGUAAGGUGAUGUCUCUGCUUUUUAAGAUGCUGUCUAGGUUUGCCAUCGCCUUUCUCCCAAGGAGCAGGCGUCUUUUAAUUUCGCGACUGCUGUCAUCAUCUUCAGUGAUCAUGGAGCCCAAGAAAGUAAAAUCUCUCACUGCCUCCAUUUCUUCCCCUUCUAUUUGCCAGGAGGUGAUGGAACCAGUGGCCAUGAUCUUCGUUUUUUUGAUGUUGAGCUUCAGACCAUAUUUUGCGCUCUCCUCUUUUACUCUCAUUAAAAGGUUCUUUAAUUCCUCCUCACUUUCUGCCAUCAAGGUUGUGUCAUCUGCAUAUCUGAGGUUGUUGAUGUUGCUUCCGGUGAUCUUAAUUCCGGCUUGGGAAUCAUCCAGCCCAGCCUUUCGCAUGAUGAAUUCUGCAUAUAAGUUAAAUAAGCAGGGGGACAAUAUACAGCCUUGCCGUACUCCUUUCCCAAUUUUGAACCAAUCAGUUGUUCCAUAUCCAGUUCUAACUGUAGCUUCUUGUCCCACAUAGAGAUUUCUCAGGAGACAGAUGAGGUGAUCAGACACUCCCAUUUCUUUAAGAACUUGCCAUAGUUUGCUGUGGUCGACACAGUCAAAGGCUUUUGCAUAGUCAAUGAAGCAGAAGUAGAUGUCUUUCUGGAACUCUCUAGCUUUCUCCAUAAUCCAGAGCAUGUUUGCAAUUUGGUCUUUGGUUCCUCUGCCUCUUCUAAAUCCAGCUUGCACUUCUGGGAGUUCUCGGUCCACAUACUGCUUAAGCCUGCCUUGUAGAAUUUUAAGCACAACCUUGCUAGUGUGUGAAAUGAGUGCAAUUGUGCGGUAGUUGGAGCAUUCUUUGGCACUUCCUUUCUUUGGGAUUGGGCUGUAGACUGAUCUUCUCCAAUCCUCUGGCCACUGCUGAGUUUUCCAAAUUUGCUGGCAUAUUGAGUGUAGCACCUUAACAGCAUCAUCUUUUAAAAUUUUAAAUAGUUCAGCUGGAAUAUCAUCACUUCCACUGGCCUUGUUAUUAGCAAUGCUUUCUAAGGCCCAUUUGACUUCACUCUCCAGGAUGUCUGGCUCAAGGUCAGCAACCACACUACCUGGGGUAUACGAGACAUCCAUUGCAAGUUACUCAAGGGCAAAAAGUUACUCUUUUUGUUGGUGUGGUACCAAUACCUAUUUUGAGAGUGUUCUCCCACCAUCAUUGUUUUCGUUGAUCUUGUACUGGGCAAAAUGUCCAGAGUUUUCUUGGUGUCUCUGAUUUGAUGCAUUAGAUUAAGAUUUUAAUUAUUGCCUUCAGGCCUUUAGAUGCUCCCACUGAUAUAACAUCCAAAAGCAGCUUGUUUAAUUUUCCAUUAAGACUGUUGCUUUAGUCUGCCUCUGAGUCCCAGUGGAAACAUAUUAUUUUCCCCAGCUAAGGGGUAGAUAAACAAUUUAAUACCAGCCUCUAGAAAGAGCAAGGGCUGAAGAAAUAAUUUCUCAUGGUGCUCCUAAUUAUUUGCUCUUUCUCCCACUCACCUCUGCAUUUCCUAAAAGGGGUGAGCAAAAAAUAAAUAAAUGAUCAAGACUGACAGUUAGAUCUCUGGGGGAUUUAACAAUAGUCACAAUUGAAAAAGGUUUUCUUUUUCUUUUCUACAUUUAGUUACUGUGAUUUUAAAAGUUUGCAGGGAAGGAGAAAGGACUUACAGUGGGGUUUUUUGUGAACUGUGGAAGGGUUAUCUGUUCAGUUGAAGUUCUGAACAUAUAUUUUUGGCAUAUACUAUGAGCAUAUACUAAGAGGCACUCAGUUUCUUAUAUCUAGGUAUAUGACACCUAAUCACUGUUUUGCACCUGUCUCCAUUUGUAGAUCUUGAGGUGCUAGUGAAAAAGCAAGGUAUAGAGAUCCCACAACAAGUCUGAAGUCUGCCCACCCCCGUCCUAACUCAUCCUGAAUGAAACUGUGCAUUGGGAUAAAUGAAAAAGACUAGAUUUUGUCCAGCUAAGUCAGUGUUUUCCAAACUUGGGUUUCCAGCUGUUUUGGAUCACAACUCCCAUCAUCCCUUGCUAGCAAGACCAGUGGUCAGGGAUGAUGGGAGUUGUAGUCCAAAAACAGCUGGAGACCCAAAUUUGGGAAUCACUGAGCUAAGUCAUACUCAGAAUAGAGGCAGUGCAAUCAACAGACUUUUAAGUCAUGAUGAUUAACAAUUUAAUUGCUUUUAGUGGCUCUUCCUUGAGUAUGACUUAGGUAUGUUCACAUUAGUGCUGGCAUGGCCAAACUUGGCCCUCCAGCUUUUUUUGGGACUACAACUCCCAUCAUCCCUAGCUAGCAUGACCAGUGGUCAGGGAUGAUGGGAAUUGUAGUCCCAAAACAGCUGGAGGGCCAAGUUUGGCCAUACCUGCAUUAGUGGCUUGAAACGCUGUGUUUCAUGACAAAUUUUUAGAGUUGUUCACAUCAGAGAGGGGGCAGUGAUGCCUUCACCCAGUGUACAUGUCCUUUACGGUUUCUGUCAUCUGUGCUUGCACGAGGACUGUCAAUGUAUGCUCACAUUAUGCUCUUACUCUCAUGGGAUUGAAAUGUGUCUGAGAAAAAAAACCCCACAUUUGUCAAGAAACUACAGGACUGAUACGGAUUGUUGCUGACAUCGUGUGAGUGAGGCUUCAAAAAUUACUGCAUUUACUCAAAUGUAAUGCGCACCUUUAUUGGCCAAAUUACAUCGCAAAAAUUAGGGUGCGCAUUAGAUUUGAUGGCACAUUUACAUUCGCCAGCAAAAGCUUUCUGGGUUUCAAGGUUUUGAAAAUCAAGGUGCGCAUUAGAUUCGAUGGUGCAUUUGUUGUUGUUUAGUCAUUUAAUCGUGUCCGACUCUUCGUGACCCCAUGGACCAGAGCACGCCAGGCACUCCUGACUUCCACUGCCUCCCGCAUUUUGGUCAAACUCAUGUUCAUAGCUUCGAAAACACUGUCCAACCAUCUCGUCCUCUGUCGUCCCCUUCUCCUUGUGCCCUCCAUCUUUCCCAACAUCAGGGUCUUUUCCAGGGAGUCUUCUCUUCUCAUGAGGUGGCCAAAGUAUUGGAGCCUCAGCUUCAGGGUCUGUCCUUCCAGUAAGCACUCAGGGCUGAUUUCCUUCAGAAUGGAUAGGUUUGAUCUUCUUGCAGUCCAUGGGACUCUCAAGAGUCUCCUCCAGCACCAUAAUUCAAAAGCACCAAUUCUUCGUAGAUUCGCAUAAAUAUGGUAGGAGUGGGAAUGUACUAGAUGUGGAAUAAGCAGUAAUGUGAACAUAUCCAGAGUCGCAUACAACCCUAAAUUAGUAGGAGAGGGUAGUGUUCUAUUAUGCCAGCAUCUGGGGCUUUGCCCUAUGCUAUCCUUGAGAGAGACCAAUAUCUAGGCUGUUUUGGCAUCUUGGUUCACCUCUAAUGAGAAAAGCAUGGUGGGAAAGGUUUCUAAUUUUAACUGUUCUAUCACUUCUGAGGCAUUCCUUAAGAAGAACACAAAACGGGACCAGCCAGUGUGAUGUAGUGGUUAAGAGUGGUAGACUCGUAAUCUGGGGAACCGGGUUCGCGUCUCCGCUCCUCCACAUGCAGCUGCUGGGUGACCUUGGGCCAGUCACACUUCUCUGAAGUCUCUCAGCCCCACUCACCUCACAAAGUGUUUGUUGUGGGGGAGGAAGGGAAAAGAGAAUGUUAGCUGCUUUGAGACUCCUUCAGGUAGUGAUAAAGCGGGAUAUCAAAUCCAAACUCUUCUUCUUCCUGCUCAAAAUUCCAGGUGUGGAAAUGAUGGGCAGUUGAAUUUGACAAGGCAGCCUUGCCUUGCUUUCUGUGCUGUUAAAUUGUUUCCCUCUCUCGCAGACAGCAUGCUGACCCCUAUUUAUGUGUCCUCCUUUAGCGUCUCUCCUCAAGAGCUUGAAGCAUGCCAAUAUUGUGCUCCUUCAUGACAUCAUCCAGACCAAGGAGACCCUGACGUUAGUCUUUGAGUAUUUGGUGAGUUGAUUUUCUCCGGUUUAUUUAGGGUUUGUGAGCUUUCUCACGAGCCGGUAAACAAACACUGGGUCCUAUUUUUGCAUUGCUACAAAGCGUUUUAUAGCAAUGUGUAAGAUUCCAUCAUGGUGACAUAUGUUUCUUGCUUGCUUUCCCUAAUUGCCUUUGAGAGCUAUCUUCUCAGAUCCCUAACUUCUCUUAAGUAACAGCUGCGUUUUUAAAACAUGCUUCAUUUGCAGAAAAGCUGGUAGGAACUGAUUACUCUUGCAACUGCCAUGACAACAGACUCGUAAAACCACUGGUUUGUUCGUUCACAAGCACACAUGCAAAAACCUUUACCUCCCUCACCAUUUGAGUAAUGAUCCUUGUAAAAGCAACAUAACCAGAGAAAUACAGUGGUACCUCGGGUUACGGAUGCUUCAGGUUACAGACGCUUCAGGUAACAGGUUCCAGAAAUAGUACCUUGGGUUAAGAACUUUGCUUCAGGAUGAGAACAGAAAUCGUGUAGUAGUGGCGCGGCGGCAGCAGGAAGCCCCAUUAGCUAAAGUGGUAUCUCAGGUGGUAAUAAUAAUAAUAAUAAUAAUAAUAAUAAUAAUUUCUUUGUACUCCACCCAUCUGGCUGGGUUUUCCUAGCCACUCUGGGCGGCUUCCAACAAAGACAAAAAAUACACUAAAAUGUCACACAUUAAAAACUUCCCUGAAAAGGGCUGCCUUCAGAUGUCUUCUGAAUGUCAGGUAGUUGUUUAUCUCUUUGACAUCUGAUGGGAGGGAGGUUAAGAACAGUUUCAGGUUAAAAACAGACCUCCAGAACGAAUUAAGUUCUUAACCCGAGGUACCACUGUAAAGUGGUCAAGCUGAGGUACGGUGGUACCUUGGGUUAAGUACUUAACUCGUUCCGGAGGUCCGUUCUUAACCUGAAACUGUUCUUAACCUGAAGCACCACUUUAGCUAAUGGGGCCUCCCGCUGCUGUCGCGCGAUUUCUGUUCUCAUCCUGAAGCAAAAUUCUUAACCCAAGGUACUAUUUCUGGGUUAGCGGAGUCUGUAACCUGAAGCGUAUGUAACCUGAAGCGUAUGUAACCCGAGGUACCACUGUAUAAUCUUCUGAUGAUACUCUGAGAAACCUUUUGCGGGAUUAAAUCAGGCAUGGUGUGGGGACCCUGAAUUCUUCAGAUGUUGUUGGCUAAUUCUCUCUUCAGCCCCAGCCAGCAAGGCCAAUAGUCAAGGAUGAUGAGAAUUGUUGUCCAGGAACAUAGGUAAUACCACAGGUUUCCCAUUCUUGCAUUAAUUCUACAGAAGGAAGUGCAACCUCCAUUAAGAACAGGCCAAACAAACGGCAAGACUUUUAUAUGCCCAAAGAUGGAAAAACUCAUUAUUACCAACAGUGGAGGAAUGCUUGCUAAAAUUAAUGGACUUAGCUGAGGUGGCAAAAUUGACAUGCUUAAUCAGAGAAAAGUCACUGUUAACAUUUACUAAGGAUUGGAAACCUCUCAUAGACUUUUUGCAUGAAAAAGAAAAAGAAAAAGAAAUAAAGACAUUUGGAUUUGAGGAUUGAAGAGAACGAUCAAUAGAAAGUGGCUUUACUAGGUGUUAUACUGGAGUGGAUGACGUGAGUAAUGCUUACAUAUAGCAGUGUGACAAAGAAUCGGAAGUUCUUUAGUUCUUAACUUUCUUCCUCUCUUGAUUCUGGAUUGUUUUAUUGAUGUUUAAAUAUGCUGUAAACCGCUUUGAGAUUUUUCUUAAAAAUAUAAAGCGGUAUAAAAAUGAAAUUAAUAAUAAUAAUAAAUCUUUUUCUCUCCCUUUUUUUCUAUAUCUAUCUCUUUCUUUUCACUUUUCUCCUCUUUUCUUUCUCCUUUUUGCCUUUAAAUUAACAUUUUAGUUUGGACAAAAAAAGGAUAUUUGAUAAUAAUCUUUGUAUUUUUAUUUCUAAACACUAAUAAAAACGUAUUUUAAAAAGAAGAAGAAGGAAAACAGGCCAAACAACACCUCCACAGCCAGAAGGGCCACCUACCAGCAGCCUCCAUAGUGUCUGGAUUCUGCCUCAAUUUCUUAGCUCUCAUCUUAAUCUUCUAUUGACUCCAGGCAUAGCUUUUAAUUAUCAAAAUUGCAGAAGGCAGAGAAGGGAAAUGUUCCUUCCCCUGCUGAGAUCCUGUAGAAACAUCUCGUCUGAAGCUAAUAUUUGUACUGGGGCGACAUGUACACAUACACUGGCUCAGAGGAGGGAUUUUCCUCAGGACCUCAGCAGGGGUGGAAAGGGUUAAAUGACCCCUCCCUGGUUGUUCUCAUUCCACUGAUUGUCAGCCGCUCUCCAGCAGAUGCAAUUUGCCCUUUUAAAAGACUCCUACAUCAUGAAAGUAUUGCAGCCCAUGUUAAUGUACUUUAUAUAUUGUGACGCGGGUGGCACUGUGACGCGGGUGGCACUGUGGGUUAAACCACAGAGCCUAGGACUUGCUGAUCUGAAGGUUGGCGGUUCGAAUCCCCAUUACGGGGUGAGUUCCCAUUGCUCGGUCCCUGCUCUUGCCAACCUAGCAGUUCGAAAGCAUGUCAAAGUGCAAGUAGAUAAAUAGGUGCUGCUCCGGCGGGAAGGUAAACGGCGUUUCCGUGCGCUGCUCUGGUUCACCAGAAGCGGCUUAGUCAUGCUGGCCACAUGACCUGGAAGCUGUACACUGGCUCCCUCGGCCAAUAAAGCGAGAUGAGCGCUGCAACCCCAGAGUUGGCCACAACUGGACCUAAUGGUCAGGGGUCCCUUUAUCUUUUUAUAUUGUGAUAUCUUGCUCGCAUGGUUGACACACUUUUAAAUGGCUGUGUGUUGAAAGUAAAGAUGGAUUCAGAUCAUGCUCUUUCGGCUCAGCAUAGUACAAGUAACUGGCAUUGAUUGGUGUAGUACCAUAUUUUGCGCUCUAUAAGACGCACCAGACCAUAAGACGCACCUAGUUUUUGGAGGAGGAAAACAAGAAAAAAAAUAUUCUGAAACCCAGAAGCCAGAACAGCAAGAGGGAUCUGGCUUCUAGGAUAGCCUCUGGCUGUUCUGGCUUCUGGAAUAGCCACGCAAAGCCUCUUCAGGGCAGCAGGAUGAAGGCUCCCCCUGCCCGGAAGAGGCUGCCACGGCUAAGGCAGAGGCCAGGAGAGGCGCUUCGCUGAAGGGGCACUGCGCAGAAAGGGAGAGCUGCUCAGCGCCCCUUCCGCAAAGCGGAAGGAGGAACAGAAGGGGCUCCGUUCCUCCUCCCGCUUCGCUGAAGGGCCGCUGCACAGCUCUCCCUCUCUGUGCAGCGCCAUUCGCUCCAUUAGAGGCACUCACAUUUCCCCUUACUUUUUAGGAGGAAAAAGGUGCGUCUUAUGUAGCGAAAAAUACGGUAUUUGUAUGUCCCCAAGGCACACACAAAGCUCCAGGAGGAGAGUUUCCAUCUCCCCAUACAAUGCCCUACUAGUUUCAUCAACAAGGGGCUGGCGGGAGGCUUGUGCAAAGCACACAACAGGUGGUUGCAGAAAGUAUCUAAGAAAAGUGGGUUCACCGCCCUCAAUUCCAUUUCCUGUCUAUUUAUUUAGCACACAGACUUGGCACAGUACAUGUUCCAGCAUCCUGGUGGGCUUCGUCUUUAUAAUGUUAAGGUAAGUUCUUGAAGAAAAAUGUACUGUUCUUAAGUGUGCAACAGUUCAAUCCUAUGCAUGUCUACUCAGAAGUAAGUCCCAUUGGGUUCGAUAGGAGGCGCUCCCAAGUGAGUGGACAUGGGAUUAUAGCCUAAAGCUCAUAUGCCAAGAGCAGCUCUGGUUAUUGGAUAGAUUGUUUCACUGAACUGAGGAGACUUGGGACACAGCUACACAGGUCAAUUAUAACAUUAAAAAUGUGACACCAGACGGCACUGUAAACCAGCAAUCCGAAGUCAAUGGUAAAUUGCAUUGUGAGCUAUAUAUAUUUUCAUAGCGUUUUUUUAUAUCUGUGUAGAUCCAGCCUUGGUUCAAAUCUCUGGUUGGUUGGUUGCUUAGUUAGUUAGUUGGCUAUAUAUAUUUUUUACAGUUUCUGUCCCGCUUCUAAGCCCAGGCAUGGGUGCUCAAAAAUUAUCAGUUGCAAUAAAAAGAGGUUUGGGUCCCCCCCCUUCUUUUUCAAAGAAAUCAGUUCCAUCCAUACAUAAAUACAACUACGAAUCUCAUUUAGCAAGUCUCUCUCUUGCAGCUAUACCUAUCUUGCAGAGGUCUUGCAAUAAGUGAGACCUUGAAAUGGUUUUUUUGAAGCUGUAGACAGGUAUGUCCAUUGGUGCCAAACGUAAAUAAUUUGAUUUGCUCUGAAGCAAUGCACCCCAUAAUAGUCUACUGCCUCAGCCUGUGCUGUUGAUUAUAAGCGGCUUUCAAGGGUUACCGUAUUUUUCGCUCCAUAAGGCGCACCGGACCAUAGGGCACACCUAGUUUUUUGGGGGGGGGGAAAUCAAGAAAAAAAAUCUUAUUCCCUCCCUCCCAGCCCCACAGAGCAAAGAAGCCAAGACAGCGAGCGGGAUCCAUCCUGCUGGCUGUCUUGGCUUCCUCUUUAGCCGCGUGCAACCUCUCCAGCCGGGAAAGCUUUGCGCAGCCAUCCCCCAAGCUAGAGCAGUGCUCCGUCUCGCUGUUCUGGCUUCGGGGACAGCCUUUCUAGCCUCUGCAGGGCAGCGGGGUGCCUUCACCCCGCUGCACUGCAGAGGCUUUGCGCAGCCAACCCCAGGCUAGAAGAGCGAGACGGAGCGCUGCGCAGCGCUUCGUCUCCCUGUUCUGGCUUUGGGCUUAGCCGCGCAGCCUGCAUUCGCUCUAUAGGAUGCACACACAUUUCCCCUUAAUUUUUGGAGGGGAAAAAGUGCGUCCUAUAGAGCGAACAAUACGGUAUAUGUAUUUGCUUACUUUUCUAUCAAGGGUUUAUUCUUUUGCUUGAAAUGCAGCAGUAAAACUGAUCAGGCAUUAACGAAUUAUGUCCUGUUUCUGUCUGCCAGCUCUUUAUGUUCCAGCUUCUGCGAGCCUUGGCUUUCAUCCAUGAACACCGCAUCCUUCACCGGGACCUGAAACCUCAGAACCUCCUCCUCAGUUGCCUUGGAGAGCUUAAGCUAGCUGAUUUUGGUAAGCCAUCAUAGUCAGACUGCUGGACAAUAGCCAGACCUUCUGGCAAAGGCCAGCUUUCCCAUCUUUAUGAAUCCCAAAUUGACAGGUUUUUUUUGCUUUCACUGAUCUUUUGGAGGAGCACAUUGCUGUACAAUGUCUUUUGUCAUCAUCCCUCUCCUACGUAUAACAUAAAAUAAACAAAGAAUUUAGAAAAUAUCCCUGGAUGAAACCAAUUGACUUCAAAUGAGAAUUCUCUCCAGCUCCAUAGGGAACGCAUGCCUGCCAACAGUUGAAAAUUAAAAGUAAGGGGCAGAGAUCCAUAGUUCAUUGGCAGGGCAUAUUGUACAGCCGUCAGCAUUGCAUUUAAUACUAAGGUUAAAAAUUGCCUCUUUGUAUGUAUGGAAUAGCCCUCAGUGAAAACAGUUGACUUUAACCCACACAGACAUGACACAUCUUGUGUGCAUGUUCUUGCAACUGCUUGUUUCAGUUAUUGCCAUUACCGUAUUUUUCGCUCUAUAAGACGCACCAGACGCCAAGACGCACCUAGUUUUUGGAGGAGGAAAACAAGAAAAAAAAUAUUCUGAAUCUCAGAAGCCAGAACAGCAAGAGGGAUUGCUGCGCAGUGAAAGCAGCAAUCCCUUUUGCUGUUCUAGCUUUUGUGAUAGCUGCGCAGCCUGCAUUCGCUCCAUAAGACGCACACACAUUUCCCCUUACUUUUUAGGAGGGGAAAAGUGAGUCUUAUAGAGCAAAAAAUUAAGGUAUUUAUUUCAUUGGCAUCUGUUUGGCUGCAUUUUCAUAGCUGGCCUUGUAUCUUGGGUUUCCAUCUUUGCACAGGGACAAGUCCAUUUCUGGAGAGGGCAUUAAUGUAAAAUCUACACUUGUAGGAAAGUAGCAUAAAAUAAAUGUAAUAAAUUUAGUUCCCUAACUAAUAAGAGUUAAAUGAGUCUGCUGCUCCAUGUACAAAGGCCCUUGGGCUCUUUGUACUGCUGUGGCAAUUAUGUACACUUUAAGGCCCCUUCAUGUAAUGUCCUUGUCUAUUAAAAUGGCUCAGAGACAUCCAGAAUGUUCAAACUGAACCAUAACAUUGGGCACUAAAACUCCCGGUAAUGAAGCAAUUAAGUGGCAGCACUCGGAAAUAAUCUAGUUUAAUGCCCAUGAAGCUGCUGGGGGAAAUUAUCUUAAAUCCAAGUGCUUUGACUUAAGCUGAAUUGAGGAGUUGGGGUUGGCUGCUCACUUUAUAUUGACACUAGUGGGAAGUGCCCACUGCUGCCCAGGAAUUUGUAGAACCCCCCCACAAAACCCAGUGAUUUUAAAACAGAUGUUGUAAUUUGUAAGCUUGGACCCACCACGCUAACAAUUGGAUGAAGUCGCACCAAAGUCAUGUUUUGGUUCGCCAUUUUAAUUCAAAAUGGCGCCUUGUAUCCAAACGUUGAUGAAGGCUGCCACCCCCAUUUUGGGAACCCAUUGGCGAUGAUAUCUCAAGAGGCGGCUGAACGCCUAGUGAUCGAACAGACAAACCACUUUCUUUCCAAAAUACACAGUAGAUGAGUUAGCUGUUGGAGCCUCCGUACGACCAAGCUGAAAUGGCUCUCCUCCUCGUCGUAUCUUCGGAAUCCAUCUAGGCUCUCCUCCGAUGGUGAUUAACAACCUAAGCCGUUGAAUGAGGCUUCAGGCACGCUCCCCAUUACGCAGAGUACCCAGAUAGCAGAAGGAGCCAGAAAUAUGUGCUACAUUGCUGCUUUUAUUUCUAACUAUGCAGGACAGAAAAUAACAUGUGUCUGCUCUCUGUGAGAGACAGAGAACAACAGGGAACAAAAGAAACAGGAAACCAGUAACUUCAACAUCCAUCUCCCAUCUCCAAUGAGACUUCCAACGGUCUGGAAUGUCAACAGAGUCUUGUGACUCCAAAAACUGCACAGUGGUGUUUACAGAAAUCUAACAUCCUCCCCCUUUCUGUGAGCACCACUGGGCAGUGUGUCAGUACAAUCUCAGUACAAACCCAGUUUCUGUACAUAGGUACUGUGCUGGUCCCGGGGGGGGGUUACCAUGCGGCGUGGUCUGAGUCCGGUCCUAGGUCGAGGGUAUGGAGGCUGUCCGUCAGGGGCGAAGUGAGGUCCAAAGCGAGGAGUCGGGCGUGGUCAGGAACUCUGGCAGGAGAGCAGGUCAGGGUGCCGGCAGGAACAGGUUACCAAUGAUGUUGCUCCCACACCCUGGGACUGGGCUGGCUGGCCUUUAUCUCCUCUGAGGCAUAGGGCGGCCCCGGUCCACAGGUGACUCGCCUCUCCUGGCCUGAAGGUGAGCACUCCUCCUGCGAGAACUUAGUUCCCUCUGCCUCUCUGCCCUGAGCCUCUGCAGCUCUGAGAGGCUGGAGGGUUACUGGACCCAGAGGCAACCUCACCUUCCCCUGACAGGGCUGAGAGAGGUGCCUGCGCAAGGGGUCCUCAAUCACCUCCAGAGCCAGAGCGGAUUCCACUGGUGUCUGCUCCUGAGGAUCCGGCACAGGUGAGGGCCCUUCAGGUUCAAGCCCCAGCCCCGGCUCAGCUGGCCCUGGAGGCAGGGACUCCUGUGCAGGCUGGGAUUCCUCAGGUUCAGCCUCUGAAUCCGAUUCCCAGGCCAUCACAGGUACAGUGUUGAUCCCUUGGAACAACCUUGGACAAUAAAUCAGCAGGAAUUAGGCUUAUGCUCAAAUUUGCUGCAGAGGAGAAUCUACAGGUUUCUCAUCACGAUGUGAAUACAGUGUUGACUUCGGCCAAUAAGUGUAAGAUACUGAGAGUUUAGUUAUUUGGGCCUCUAGGUUAUUCAGAAACUGAAAAGCCGCGAAAAAGUGGCUGUAUGUUCAAGGCUAUCCAUACUGAGAACUCAUUUGAUAUCAUUCACAUCAAAAAGAUGUGAAAUAAUAGUAAUGGGUUGAUGUUGCAGUUAACUGUAAAAGAAAACUUCAUAAAGGCGAAAAUCCUAAUCUUGUCUAUUAAGAAGUAACAAAGUGUUGUAGUUGUUUUUUAAUUUACUGGGGCUUAUCUCCAGGUAGGAAUGCAGGAGAAAUUUGGCUCUAUUUGCAUUUAAAGGCUAACCUACCUAAUUUUCACUUUCUGAAAAAAUGUGUGAACCAAAACAGUCAUCCUUCAGAAUUCACAUUUCUCUGAAUUUUGCAAUGCAAUUCUCCCACUAAGUGACGUCCAUAAAAAGGCAUGUACUGGGGUAAAGUGUGCAUUAAAUGUAUAUAUGAGUGAAAAUAACAUACAGAAAUGCAUUGCAUUAGGGAAAAUCACACUAUUAAAUGUGUUUAUUAGGCAAAAUCACAUGGUAAAACAUUAGAAGUUAGUACUAAAUUGCUGAUGAAUGAUUUUUCAAAAAUUCUGCAAGCUGAUGUGGAACUGAAUUUGAAAUUUGAAUAAUUAGAAACUGAGAGAAACCAAAAUUGUCAGGAUUGCAUAUCGCUUAGGAUUGCAGCCUAACCUUGAUAGAAAUGGCUGUGAUAUUUAUGCUAUAGAGAGUGGAUUGGAAUUAUAAUUUCAUGCAUGGUUUUAAAUGACUUGUUUCUUGGCAGGUCUUGCUCGUGCCAAGUCCCUUCCCAGUCAAACGUACUCUGCUGAAGUGGUGACAUUGGGGUACCGACCACCUGAUGUGCUGCUGGGAGCCACUGACUAUUCUGCUGAUGUGGAUAUCUGGUGA